UAGAGUAUACAAAUUAUUGCCAGCAAUUAAUCGGGACGCGCCGUUCUCCAGCUUGCAUGUUAGGCUAAUAUCCGCUUGAUCGGGUUGAUGAUAAGCCGAAGAAUUUUGUGAGUCACGGAGUAGCAUGCAUAUAUCGAACUACUCUUGUAUCUAAAAGUUGCGCCAACAACGAAUUCAAAAGCUUAAGUAUAGCACCAGGAACUGCCAGCACUGCUUUUGCUGAUUGCGCUGACAACUCGAUUUCACGAAACACCUCCCUACAACCACGAUGACAGACGUCGAAAACGCACUUUCCGUAGCAGGACGAGGAGACCUCCGACGCUCAAUCGCAGCCACAAAAGACGCCUACAUUGAAGCAAUCCCCAAAGUCGAACUUCACGUUCACAUCGAAGGAAUCAUAAGUGCCGAUCUCAAAUGGAAGUUCUCCCAGCGAAAUGGCCAAACCAUCAUGAACCCCCGAACCGGUCAACCCUUCUCCUCACUUGAUGAGUUGCGAGACUCGCACGAUACUUUGAAGCCGCGUACUGGGAACCGUAUGGACAACACCGAAGAGACGCUCUCAUUCUUCGAGGCGUAUUACGGCGGCUUCGAGGUAUUGAAAACGCAGCAGGAUUACUAUGAUCUUGCUAUGGAGUAUUACGAGCGUGCUGACGACAUGAAUGUGCGUUAUGCAGAGAUUUUCUUUGAUCCGCAGGGGCAUACGCGUGUAGGGACGAGUUGGGAGGCGAUGAUGCGCGGAUUCCGAGAGGCGACGUGGGACGCUGAUCAGAUUCUCAAUGUCAAGUCGAAAUGGAUCAUGUGUUUCCUUCGAGACGAAUCACCAGAGUCUGCGAUGCAACAUUACGAGGCAGCGCUUCCAUACCGCGAUGUGAUUGUUGGCAUCGGUCUUGAUUCAAAUGAAGUCGACAGGCCACCUUCGCUGUUUGACGACAUCUUUGUCCGUGCGCGGAAUGAUGGCUUUCGUCUUACAGCGCAUUGUGAUGUUGGCAAGCCGUAUCCCCUCGAACAUAUCCGCCAGGUGACAUCCAGUAUCGCGGGCACAGGUGCGGAUCGAAUCGACCAUGGACUGAACGCCGCCGGUGAUGCGAAUCUCAUGGCGUUGAUUAAAGAGAAGGGGCUCGGAAUGACAAUUUGUCCUUGGAGCUAUAUUCGGCAUCAACCGAUGGACGAGGUAUUUGAACGUAUUCGCGCUCUCUUCGAUGCCGGUAUCGUGAUUAGUAUUGCGAGCGACGACCCGGCGUUUAUGGAGGAUACGUGGGUGUGGGAGAAUUUGCUUGUGGUGAAGAAGUACUGUAACUUUACCAAUUUGGAGAUACAGAGGUUGGCAGAGAAUGCUAUCAAGAUGAGCUGGGCGGAAGAAGACGUGAAAAGCUCUAUAUUGAAGGUGUUGUACAGUAUCGAUCCAGGUACAUAGAUGGUCUGCUAUAUCGUCGCCUUGCGCUCGUGCAAGAAGACAACGAUCAGAU